ACAUCAUUUCUACUACAGUGGCGGAGCCGUACAGGACCUGUUUCACUGCAGGGGGAUCCAAAACAAGCCCCGUGGAGCAGCCGCCAGAGCGACAGCAGCCGCAAGACAUUGUUUCUCUCCCUCUGUCCCCCUUCCCCACGCAACCCCAGAUCUAUUUACACUUUACAGAGCAUCGUGCACCGAGUCACCAGGGUGGUCCAUUCAAGCUGCAGAUCCGUUUGUCCUCCUUACACAGCAAUCUCGUCCCCCACUGCCACCACAGGGAAGUACAUCGAAUGUCAGCGUCCUGGGGCAUAAGGAAAGAAAUUGUCUGGAAGACCCAAAAGUAGUGCUGCUGCGGACCACGGGCAAGACAGAGCGGGCUUCAGUCUGCACGAAGAAUCUGGAAACACGCAUGGUUUUCGGUCCAGGCCUCUUACCUCGAGUCUCUACUGCCACCUUUUCUACUCAAGCAAAAUCUGUGUGAAGAGAUCUGCUGGGAGGAGCCAGGGCGCAUGGUCCUGCAUUGUGAUGAAAGCACCUAGUGCAGGUGUCUCUCACCCCUCUGUGAACACAAGGAAGACCACGUCGGGGCUCGGAGACCUCCAGCUUCGCUGGGGAGGCUCCAUGCUGGAGAACAGGCCAAGGCUCCCUGGGAACGGUGUGCAGUGAAUGUUAAUCCGGAACCGCUGUUGGCCGAGUGUACCCACGGGGAGAUGAUUCCUCAUGAAGAGCCUGGAUCCCCUACAGAAAUCAAAUGUGACUUUCCGUUUAUCAGACUAAAAUCAGAGCCAGCCAGACAGUGAAACGGUCACCGUGGAGGGGGGACGGCGAAAAAUGAAAUCCAACCAAGAGCGGAGCAACGAAUGCCUGCCUCCCAAGAAGCGCGAGAUCCCCGCCACCAGCCGGCCCUCCGAGGACAAGGCCACCACCGCCCUGCCCAGCGACAACCACCGGGCAGAGGGCGUGGCAUGGCUCCCCAGCAACUCUGGUGGCCGAGKCCACGGGGGCGGGAGGCACGGGCCCACAGGGACUUCUGUGGAGCUUGGUUUACAACAGGGAAUAGGUUUACACAAAGCAUUGUCCACCGGGCUGGACUACUCCCCACCCAGCGCUCCCAGGUCGGUCCCCGCAGCCACCACGCUGCCCACGGCGUACCCUCCCCCGCAGUCAGGGACUCCSGUGUCUCCCGUUCAGUACGCCCACCUUCCGCACACCUUCCAGUUCAUCGGCUCCUCCCAGUACAGCGGGCCCUAUGCCGGCUUCAUCCCAUCGCAGCUGAUCUCCCCAUCGGCCAACCCUGUCACCAGUGCAGUGGCCUCCGCCGCGGGGGCCACCACUCCAUCCCAGCGCUCCCAACUGGAGGCCUAUUCCACCCUGCUGGCCAGCAUGGGCAGCCUGAGCCAGGCACCGGGACACAAGGUUGAGCCGCCGCCUCCGCAGCACCUCGGCCGGGCUCCGGGGCUGGUCACCCCGGGGUCCCCCCCACCCACCCAGCAGAACCAGUACGUCCACAUUUCCAGCUCUCCGCAGAGCAGCGGGCGCGCGGCCUCUCCUUCGGCCAUCCCCGUCCACCUCCACCCGCAUCAGACRAUGAUCCCGCACACGCUCACCCUGGGGCCCCCCUCGCAGGUGGUCGUGCAGUACACCGACUCCGGCGGCCACUUCGUUCCCCGGGAGUCCACCAAGAAAGCCGAGAGCAGCAGGCUGCAGCAGGCCAUGCAGGCCAAGGAGGUCCUGAACGGGGAGAUGGAGAAGAGUCGGCGGUACGGGGCUCCGUCUUCGGCCGAGCUGGGCCUGGGCAAGGCGGGCAGCAAGGCGGUCCCUCACCCGUACGAGUCCAGGCACGUGGUGGUCCACCCGAGCCCUGCGGACUACAGCAGUCGAGAUCCCUCGGGGGUCCGGGCCUCGGUGAUGGUCCUGCCCAACAGCAGCACGCCCGCAGCUGACCUGGAGGUGCAGCAGGCCACGCACCGGGAGGCCUCCCCGUCCACCCUCAACGACAAAAGCGGCCUGCACUUAGGGAAGCCCAGCCACCGGUCCUAUGCGCUGUCACCCCACACGGUCAUCCAGACCACGCACAGUGCUUCAGAGCCUCUCCCUGUUGGGCUGCCCGCCACCGCCUUCUACGCGGGGACUCAACCCCCGGUCAUCGGCUACCUGAGCGGCCAGCAGCAAGCAAUCACCUACGCCGGCAGCCUGCCCCAGCACCUGGUGAUCCCCGGCACCCAGCCCCUGCUCAUCCCSGUGGGCAGCACUGACAUGGAGGCGUCCGGGGCAGCCUCUGCCAUAGUCACGUCGUCGCCCCAGUUCGCUGCAGUGCCUCACACGUUCGUCACCACCGCCCUGGCCAAGAACGAGAACUUCAACCCCGAGGCCCUGGCCACCCAGGCCGCCUACCCAGCCAUGGUGCAGGCCCAGAUCCACCUGCCCGUGGUGCAGUCGGUGGCCUCGCCCGCCGCGGCGCCUCCCACGCUGCCGCCCUACUUCAUGAAAGGCUCCAUCAUMCAGUUGGCCAACGGAGAGCUCAAGAAGGUGGAGGACUUGAAAACGGAAGACUUCAUCCAGAGCGCAGAGAUCAGCAACGACCUCAAGAUCGACUCCAGCACAGUGGAGCGCAUCGAGGAGAGCCACAGCCCAGGCGUUGCCGUGAUCCAGUUCGCCGUCGGGGAGCACCGAGCACAGGUCAGCGUUGAGGUUUUGGUAGAGUACCCUUUUUUUGUGUUUGGACAGGGCUGGUCAUCCUGCUGCCCAGAGAGAACCAGCCAGCUCUUUGAUUUGCCGUGUUCCAAACUCUCUGUUGGGGAUGUCUGCAUCUCGCUGACCCUCAAGAACCUGAAGAACGGCUCUGUUAAAAAGGGCCAGCCCGUGGAUCCUGCCAGCGUCCUGCUGAAGCACUCAAAGACGGACAGCCUGGCGGGCAGCAGACACAGGUAUGCCGAGCAGGAGAAUGGAAUCCAUCAGGGAAGUGCCCAGCUGCUCUCUGAGAAUGGUGAACUGAAGUUUCCAGAAAAAAUAGGAUUGCCUGCAGCGCCCUUCCUCACCAAAAUAGAACCCAGCAAGCCCACGGCCACGAGGAAGAGGAGGUGGUCAGCUCCGGAGACCCGCAAACUGGAGAAGCCCGAAGAGGAGCCACCUUUGACUCUUCCCAAGCCCUCUCUCAUCCCUCAGGAGGUCAAGAUCUGCAUCGAGGGCCGGUCUAACCUGGAGUUGCUCACGAGCAAGAUACUGRAAGUUUCAAUGUGGUUUAAAGGGAUGAAUGUGAAUUAUGAACUAGUAUGUGACCAUAAAUGACCACCAAGUACUACCUGACAGGAGACACUUGCCACUUUGAUGUUGGAGAAGGAAUUCAAGGCAUAUGCAGAGUUGGCAGAGAAACUGAGAGAGAAGGGAUGGAGAAAAGAAUACUCAUUCUUGUCCAGUGUUUUUAAGAUGAACUUUUAAAGAACCUUGCAAUUUGCACAUCUUGAGUUUAUAAUUUGUGUGAUAUUCCUGCAGUUUUUAUCCAAUAACAUUGUGGGAAAGGUUUGGGGGACGGAACGAGCAUAAAUAAAUGUAGCAAAAUUACUUUCUAACCUGCCUAAAUGCUAGGCCAUUUUAUAAGGUUAUGUUCCUUUCAAAAAUUCAUUUUGGUCUUUCUACCACAUCUGUCAUGAAAAGCCAGGUCUUAGCAGGACAACUCUGAGAAUUUUCUUCAGAUUCAUUGAGAGAGUUUUCCAUAAARACAUUUAUAUAUGUGAGCAAGUUUUUUUUUUWWWAAAUUACUUUAUUAUUGUUAUUAAUGUUAUUUUCAGAAUGACUUUUUUUUUCUAUUUGAAAUCAAAUCAAGAUUUAAUGUUUGGUACAAACCCAGAAAGGGUAUUUCAUAAAGUUUAAACCUUUCAUUCCCAGAGAUCUGAAUCAUCAUUUGUGGGUUUCAAGUGCAUCCUAACGUGCUUUACAAAACAACAACAACAACAACAACAAAUGUUUUAUAAGUAGGGAGAAGUUUUUAAAUAUUCUUACUUGGAUGGCUGCAGCUAAACAAAUAUACUUAUUAGAUUUUUCUUUUUCCAGUGAAAGUAGUACUUCUUCCAUUUCACAAAUUUAAAAAAAAAAAAAAAAUCCUAACUUCAACCCACAGGUUAGCUGUCUAGUAUUCAUUUACAUUUAGCUCUCAGCAGGACUAAUGAUUUUUAUAAACCAGUUUCUGGGGUGUACCAAAAACAUUUAAAUAGGUUUAGAAAUAGCUAAACUCCUUCCUUGACUUGUCUUGAAACUUCAUUACCCUCUCGGCAUGCUGCAGUCCUCCUGCUUAGUUAGUGCUGUUUUUCUUAAACGUUUCUGUUCAGAGAACUUGCUUAAUCUUCCAUAUAUUCUGCUCAGGGCACUUGCAAUUAUUAGGUUUGGGUUUUCUUUUCUUUCUUUUUUUUUUUAACCUUGAAUAGUGAGAGGAACAUGGGGCUACCCCACGGACUUUGUUCUCAUUCAUACCACUAUUUACAACAGCUCACCUGGGCUCAGAAAAACACACCCCACCUUCCGGGCCCGCUUGGCGAAUGGAACUGACCACAUCCACUCAACCAACACUAAAACGGGAAAAAAAAAACACAUUUGGUCCGAAGCAAUAGGAGCACCAUCGCGAUUCCGUGGUCCUCCCCUGGGUUCCCAUCGCAUCCUCUUGCUCUCUCAGCAUGUGCAAUACUUUCUGUGCCAACAGAGUCUGACCUGUGUGCUUUCUAGUUAAAGCGCAUUUCCUUUUGGCUUUUUUUUUCCCCUGUGUGGUUGGUGGAUCUUCCCCAUUCUGGCCAGAGAAGGGCUGGAGGGAAGGAACCAGAACGGGGAGCCCUCCCGCCUUUCCCCUGCUGUGGAUGCUGAGUGCUUGGGCUGGCGGGGGAGCCUGCAGGAGGCAGGUGUCUGUCACCAUGUCACACAGAGAGCCAGCCCAGGAGAUCUGGGGGAAGAGCUUCCGUCCCCCCAUCACCCCGUGAAAUAGUGAAUGGAAUGGAGGAAGGAGGCAGAUCACGUCCAAGACGCACCCUGGAGCCACGCAGGCUGGAGUCACCCAUUUUCCAUGGCCAUUUCUCCUGGGGGGUCUGUGUCCUUGAGACCUGGAGCCCUGGCUCUGAGCAUGGGCAGCAAGCGUGGUGGCCCUUGGUGCACCGUGCAUGCCAUCCGAGCGUGCCGGCCAGUGGCUGUGGAGGGGACCACCUGCCAACCUGGUCACUGCUCUCUUGUGGCAGCUCUCCUCUCCAAGUAGGAAGAACACGCAGAAGACGGGAGCCUCCUCUGGUUUGCAGACAGGCGAGUCCGGAGCAGCCUGUCGCCACUUCUGUGUAGCAAACCUAACAAUGACAGGGGUAGAAACUCUUCGGUGCCGGUCAGUGUACGAGGAUCAGCCACGUGCCUCUGUACUGUCCUCUUGGCAAUAUUUACCAACAKCCGUCUUUCUUUCCUCUUUCUUUCCCGUUUUCCAUUUUUUUAAAACUUAGAUAACAGCAGGCCUUUUACGUUUACAACUGAACACAAUCACCAAGAAAUUAGUCAGGGCGAAAAGAAAAAAAAUAAUAAUAAUAAUACUAUUAAUAAGAAACCAACAAACAAGAACCUCUCUUUAUAGGGAAUUUCUCAAUAUAUAAAAAUGACUGUUCCUUUAGAAUGUUGAACUUGGGAAUCAUUUCAGUUUGUCUGGGCCACAUGGCGGGCAGAGGGGGAGGGAGGGGUACAGAGACGGCCACCACUUACCUCAAACCUUUAAAAAAAACAGUAGAAAUACAAACUGCAUUUCAUUGGGACUUUGGGGAUGGUUUUUGACGUCGGUUUUUGUUCUCCCCGGUUCACCUGGUCUGGUCUGGGAUGAUAUGAUUUAUUUCCCCCCCCUGUGGCAGUGAUGGUGGCUGAUCCCAUUCAGUGAACUGUGACCCUGUGUGUUUUCUGUUCGGUGAGUGUGUCGGGUCCCCCCCUCCCUCUCCCCUAAAGGAACUCUGCGGAACUUUCACACCUCUUACUCAGGGACGGGGCUGGUGUGUGUGGAACACUGAGGUCCAGCAGCGGCACUUUGCUGCUCUGGAGUAGGGCUGUGCAACUUCCAGGAACGUUUGGGUUUCCUGCAUCGUGUGAUCACUCCUUAGAUCCUGCAUAGACUGCAAUAGAAUGCUGCAUGUUCAAGACGAACAGUAGCUCCUGGUAUUCAUAAAAAUCCACUCUUUGCACAUAGUUUGAAACCUUACUGAAAUAAGUUGCCAAAAUUUAUUUUUUGUUGUCGUAGCUUUGGAUUCACUUUUGGUUUUUUUUUUUUUUUUUAAGGAAACAAUUGACAAUACCCUUUUAACAUCUGUGACUACUAAGGAAACCUAUUUCUUUCAUAGAGAAAAAAAAAAUCUGAGAUGCUUUUGAAGACACUAAUGCUAUGCUAUUUCAGACAUGGGUGAGGAAGCAGAGYUCUGGGGACAGAAAACCGGGCUUCUUGAGCCGCGCUGGUUGUCAUGGAUACUGUUUCCUGAAUCACGAGCCGCUCAACGAACUGGCCCGGUCUCUCCUGAAACCCUUGGCACUUCCGAUUUCCUAGUCACCCUCGAUAAAUCCAGGUGAAAACAGGGCCGGAGGUCUCCCUGGCCCAAUCCGGUUUCUGCAGUGAAUGAAAGAGAAUUACACUUUUUGGUUGUUUUUAAAGUGGAGUGGAGGCCGUUGCUUCUACAUUUUGUGUUUUUAACCCAGAAUUUCUGAAAUAGAGAAUUUAAGAACACAUCAAGUAAUAAAAAUACAGAGAACAUACUUUUUAUAAAGCACAUGCGUAUGGUGUAUUGUGAUGGGUUGGUUUCCUCUCUUUUCCACGGACAGUGUUGUGUUUCUGUUCAUAAGGAAACUCCAAACAACUUGCACACCUCUACUCCGGAGCUGAGAUUUCUUUUACAUAAAUGACCUCGCUUCAAAUAUGUUACCUUACUGAUAGGAUCUUUUCUUGUAGCACUAUACCUUGUGGGAAUUUUUUUUUCCUUUAAUGUACACCUAAUUUGAGAAGCUGAAGAAAAAUAAAAAAUUUAAGCACUCACUUKGAGGAGUACAGGUAAUGUUUUUAAAUAAAAUUGCACAAAAGAAAAAUGAAUGUCGAGAUGAUUCAUUCAGUGUUUGAAAGAUGUGAUCUGUUGAAACAGUGAGUUUCAUACUUGUUUGUAAAAACGGAGAAGAAAAAUCGGAGAAAGGUUUGAAAGUUACAUGUUUGGACUUUUUUUUUUUUGUAUAUAGAAAUUUGUCAUGUCUAAAUGAUCAGAUUUGUAUGGUUGUGGCCUGAAAGAAUUACUACGUCAUAGGCUCUUAAACGACACCUAUGCUUCCUGUGAUGUGUUUGUUACAUAGCCCUCGGCCGAGGGGGAGAGACGCUGCGUACCGCUGUUUGAGAAUACUGUUCAUUCCUGGCUGAAAGUACUUCUCAGAGCUCCCUUUUUAGUCUAAACUCUUCUAAGCCACUUGCAACUACUUUUUCUUCAGAGAUGAUGUUUUUGACAUGUUCAGCACUUCCUGUUCCUAUAAACCCAAAGAAUAUAUUCCUGAACAUGAAGUGUUUCUAAAAGGGAUCCUAGCUACCAAUAAAACAGGACUCAUUCUGAGGACAAAAUUUAUAUAUAUAUAUAAAAUUUUUAAAAAAAGGUUAGCCUUCUUGCCCCGUACACACACACACACA